AUGGCGCAAAUUCCCGUCCAGACCCUCCACAGGGACCCCCAGCUCUUCUACUGGAUCCUCAUCCCCAUCACCGUCGUCAUGGUCCUCACCGGCGUGCUCCGCCACUACGCCUCGGUGCUCAUGGCCACGGCGCCCAAGAAGCUCGAGGCCCGCGCGCUCCGGGAGCAGCGCGCCCUCGCCCGCGGCGUCGCCCUCCGCUCCAACUACCACGCGCUGUCGCAGCGCGCCUUCGAGGCCCGCCGCGAGGGCCUCACCGCGGGCUACGAGUCGGGCGCAUUCCUCAAGGAGCCUGAGCGCAAGGGCCAGCCCCCCGCCAACCCGCUCACCGACCCGAGCCAGAUGGACGGAAUGAUGGGCAUGAUGAAGAACAACAUGGCCAUGAUUAUCCCAAACACGCUCAUCAUGAGCUGGAUCAAUGCCUUCUUCAGCGGAUACGUCAUCAUGAAGCUGCCGUUUCCCAUCACCAUCAAGUUCAAGAGCAUGCUGCAGGCGGGUGUGCAGACCAAGGACAUGGACCCCCGGUGGAUGUCCAGCAUCAGUUGGUACUUUCUCUGCAUCUUUGGUCUGCAAUUCGUCUACGUCUUCCUGCUCGGCAGCGACAAUGCCGCCAGUCAGAUGGCCCAGCAGAUGGCUGCGCAGCAGAUGCCCAUGGGCGGUAUGGGAGGCCCCGGGCAAGACCCGGACAAGCAGUUCAAGGCCGAGGCCGAGAACCUGGCUGUCGUCGAGCACUACUCCGUCUUGGACGAUGUCGAGGAACGCCUGCUGGAGGGUAUCAAAUCGUAG